GUUCAUAUUUCUUCUUCGUAGAUUGACGUCAUUGAUUUUCGUUACAAAACGAGAAAUAUUGCUGUUGUGUUUUAAUACAAUACAAAGUCCUUUCAAACACCUAACAUAUUUGUGCUAUAGAAACUAUCUAGGAAGUGACCUAAAGCCGCUAAUGCACUUUUACCGAAGCACGGAGCGAACAAUAAAUCGUAGCAGGGUCCGCCAUGGCGAACCAGGUGCAGGCCUUGUAUGACUUCACGGGGGAGCCCGGCACCACAGAAAUGACCAUCACAUGUGGAGAAAUGUUGACACUUAUUAACACAGACAUUGGUGAAGGAUGGUGGGAAGGAAGAAAUUCUAAAGGACAAACAGGCUUAUUCCCUGCUGCAUAUGUAAGGAAACUCAGUCCAGAGGAAUCAACACCAGCAAAGAUGGCGCCUCCUGCACCUAGAUAUGACCAAGCGGAUGAUUGGAGUGACCAACAGUACAAUGCUGGGGAUAAUAAUUAUCAUAAAUCAACCUCGCACGAUGAUGGCUGGGAUGAUGACUGGGAUGAAGACACUUAUUCGGAAAUAGGCCCGGGUGUUCCACACACUAAAGCGAUGAACCAACAAGCACCACUUGCUCCCCUACCAGGAAUGCCCAUCGCAGAUUACAAUAACCAGAUAGACGAUAGUACAUCGAACUUUUCUUCAGUGGGAACUGUAAGAAAAAGUAAGUUUGCACCAUCAUCUAAAGUCAGUGGAGAGAGUUACCUAUUAGGAACAUUAAAUGUAGAGGUUCCUGAUUCAGACAAAGUGUACAUAGUUCAAGAGGGAGAUGGAUAUAUGUGGGCAGCUGUUUCCCAGCCAUAUAAUGUGACAGUAGCUUCACCUAAAAAGGAAUCAAAGUUCAAAGGUAUAAAAAGUUUCAUUGCAUAUCAGCUGACCCCCUCUUUUAAUAAUAUACAAGUAUCUAGAAGAUAUAAGCAUUUUGAUUGGCUACAUGAGAGGUUACAGGAGAAGUUUACACUUAUUCCGAUACCGCCUUUGCCAGACAAACAGAUAGCAGGUAGAUAUGAUGAGCAGCUGAUUGAACGCAGAAGAGUUCAGUUACAAGAAUUUGUUGACUGGAUGUCCAAACAUCCAGUACUAGCUAAGUGUGAAGUGUGGCAACAUUUUCUCACUUGUACAGAUGAAAAACGUUGGAAAGCUGGCAAGAGACAGGCGGAGAGAGAUAACCUGCUAGGCCUAAACUAUUGUAUAUCACUGGUUGUACCUGAGAAAGCUUUAUUACAAUCACAAGUGGACCACAUCACAGAGCAAUGUCACACAUUUGUUAGCAGUAUGGAUUCAUCAGUCAAAUCUGUCACAAACAUGUGUCUAGCACAAACUAAAAGAUUCCAGGCACCAUACAAAACUGACUGUCAAAAAGUUGGUGAAGCAUUUUAUAAUUUAGGCAAUGCACUGAGUUUGGAUGAAGGUACAGUAAUUUCGACAUCCAAACUCACAUCGGCGAUUAAAUUGACUGGUGGUGCUUACAUAAAAAUUGGCAGAAUGUACGAAGAACAGCCUAAAUAUGAUUGGGAGCCUCUCGGAGACAAAUUUCACUUGUACAAAGGUAUUGUAGGAUCUUUUCCGGACGUCUUAGCUAACCACAAAGCAGCUGUUCAGAAAAAACGAGAGUGUGAAAGAUUGACUGCCGAACACAAAAUGGAGGUUGCACAGUUAAAUGAAGUAUUAAGAAGAACCGACGUUAUAUCAUAUGCACUUCUUGCUGAAAUAAAUCAUUUCAAACAAGAAAGAACUGUCGACCUCAAAGCCACAAUGCAAAAGUUCUUGAGACAACAGAUUACUUUUUACAAAAAAAUUGUUGAUAAAUUGGAAACAACCCUACAUCAGUACGAUGAAUAGUGAUAAGAAAUGGACUGACGGUGGGAUUGCUAGUUUCUUGUCAACGUUUUGUAAAUGGACUAAUGCCAUUAUUUUAUAUAAUAAUAUUAUUAUAAUAUUCUAUUUCGUAAUACUUGUUUUGGUAUAAACGUUUUAUAGGUAAAUGUAAUCCAAAGGAUUUUGAUGGACUUUAAUAAUUGUAAUAAUGAAUCAAUUCAUAUUGUGAUGAAAGUGACUGAAUGUAAAAUAAUGCUUAAAGACACAAAUCUGUUUUAGUUUCCUUUUUUUUAUACUGAGAUGUUUUUAUGUAUAUAAUUUGCUCUUACAAUUUCAAUGAAAUCAUAUUUUUUACCACUCUAUACAAAGUUUAUUUUAAAUUUGCUAAUAUUGUCAAUUAUUUUGAAACAUUAUGGCAUGUUUAUUUAGCAUAGGUGUUGUAAUAUUCCAUUUUGAAAUUAAGGCUGCGAAUGCUAAUAAACAGUAAAUCGUU